UACUCUUGCAUUGUUUCUAUGAAAAUAUGGUGGUGUGAAACCAAUUUGGUGUGAGGAUGAUCAGCCAAGAUUGGGAAACAGGAUGCGUCACAGGGCAAAGGGGAACUUGGCUCAGACGCACAGGGUUUGUUAACGAGGGCCACUGGAAGUGGGGGGAGGAGCACACGGUGGAGAUCAACAGCGCGUUCCUGACAGGCGUGUACGGGAUGUGGAACGUCUACGUGUUCAGUGUGAUCUGUCUGUACGCACCGAGCCACAAGAGGAAAGGUCUGGAGGGGCAGCACUCCCGCAGCAGUCCUCCAACAUACAACUGGAGCGUGAGACUUUGGAGGACGGGAGUAACGAGGAGAUCGAGUUACGCCUGACGAACAGCCAGGCCAGCGGCGUUGCUGGAGAGCUGUCCGUCAUCUACAAGAUCGCUGGCAAGGAGGCUCAAGAGUAGCCAAUGGGAGGGGGCGAGAGAUAGAGGUGGCCAAUCAGGGGAGCCGGUCUGGGGAGACUUAAUAAAGAUUAGGGCUUACUAACAGUUGGGAUGUUACUAUCUACCACCCCAUAUCUGCUUGGAGAUUUGGCCUGGCUGACAGUUGGGAUGUUACAAUCUAC